GCAGGGAGAGGGUGGAGACUCUCCAGGGUGACGGAGCACAGGGAGCCCAGCUCCUGGCUCCGAGCUCGCCGCGGUUUUGCAGCAGAGGUGAUGACACAGGUGGGACAGCUCUGCCCUGCAAGCUGAGUGAGCUGUUGGGGCUGUGUUCCUACACACCACGCUCUUCCCUGGCUCCUGCUUCCAUUCCAUCGCCUCUGCCACCUCCUCAGCAGCCCUGCAGCACAGACCCAGACCUGCUGCUGAGGAAAAAUGGCAGAAGGCCAGCCACACCUAUGUAUUCAGAUGUCAGACUCGAAUACAAAUGGCAUCCCCAGCAGAAAGCAGUCCUCUCGAGACUCAGCCAGCAGCGGAGGAAGCGUACUAACUUUCCACAACAUCUGCUACCAUGUGAAGAUAAAGACUGGGUUCCUAUGUUGUAAAAAAACAGCCAAAAAAGAAGUUUUGAGAGAUGUCAAUGGUAUCAUGAGACCAGGACUGAAUGCAAUUUUGGGACCCACUGGCAGUGGUAAAUCCUCUCUGCUUGAUAUUUUGGCUGCAAGGAAGGAUCCUCAUGGGCUUUCUGGUGACAUUUUGAUCAAUGGAGCUCCUCAACCUGCCAACUUUAAAUGCACCUCUGGAUAUGUAGUACAGGAUGAUGUAGUGAUGGGAACCUUGACUGUAAGAGAAAAUUUGAAGUUCUCAGCAGCACUCCGUUUGCCAAAGUCAGUGACGGAACAGGAAAAAAAUGAACGUGUGAAUCAGAUCAUCAAGGAGCUGGGUUUGAGCAAAGUGGCAGAUUCCAAGGUUGGCACCCAGUUCACCCGUGGAGUGUCCGGAGGUGAGCGGAAAAGGACCAAUAUUGGAAUGGAGCUCAUCACAGAUCCUGCUAUCUUGUUUUUGGAUGAGCCAACCACGGGACUCGAUGCCAGCACUGCUAAUGCUGUCCUACUGCUACUGAAAAGGAUGGCAAGACAAGGGAAAACAAUAAUCUUCUCCAUUCACCAGCCUCGGUACUCCAUAUUCCGCCUGUUUGACAGCAUGACGCUGCUGGCUGUAGGGAGAGUGCUGUACCAUGGGCCCGCUCAGCGUGCCAUUGAGUACUUCCAGUCCAUUGGCUACCAGUGCGAGCCAUACAACAACCCUGCCGACUUUUUCCUGGACAUCAUUAAUGGAGACUCCACUGCGGUGGCAAUGAGCAAGAUUGAUGAAGAUAACACAGCAGAGAGCACUGAAGAAAUCACUGAAUAUGAUAAAACCUUGUCUGAGAAGUUAGCAGAAAAAUACUCCGACUCUGCCUACUACCAAGAAACAAAAGCAGUAUUAGAGAAGAUGUCUUUGGGAAAUAAAAAGAAAACAAAAGCGGUUUUCCGACAAAUCACGUAUACCAAUUCCUUUCUUCAUCAGCUGAAGUGGGUGUCCAGGCGCACGUUUAAAAAUCUGAUAGGAAACCCUCAAGCAUCCAUAGCUCAGGUGUGUGUUACAGUUCUCCUGGGACUGGUUGUCGGUGCCAUUUUCUUUGGACUUGAAGAGAAUGAAGCUGGACUACAGAAUAGAGUGGGUGCAAUGUUCUUUCUGACCACCAAUCAGUGUUUCAGUAGCAUCUCAGCUAUUGAACUAUUUGUUGUGGAAAAAAAGAUAUUUACACAUGAGUACAUCAGUGGGUACUACAGAACAUCAGUAUACUUCAUCUCAAAGCUAAUGGCUGAUUUAUUACCCAUGAGGACUUUACCAAGCAUCAUCUUCACCUGUAUAAUUUACUUCAUGUUAGGUUUGAAACCAACAACAGGAGCCUUCUUUACAAUGAUGUUUACGCUUAUGAUGGUGUCCUACACAGCCACUUCUAUGGCACUAGCCAUUGCAGCAGGACAGAGUGUAGUUGCUGUAGCAAACCUGCUCAUGACUAUCACAUUUGUUUUUAUGAUUAUUUUCUCUGGUUUGCUGGUCAAUCUCACAAGCGUCAUAUCCUGGCUCUCCUGGCUCAAAUACUUUAGCAUCCCUCGAUAUGGAAUGACAGCUUUAGAAAUCAAUGAACUGUCUGGUCUGAACUUUUGCAGCAGCAGUGACAACACAACUUUAAGUGGCAAGGAUAACUAUCAAAAGGCAGCCCAGAUGCUGUGUACCGGAGAUGCAUAUCUGAGAAGUCAAGGCAUUGAUCCAACUAGCUGGGGCCUGUGGCAGAACCACCUGGCCCUCGCCUGCAUGAUCAUAAUAUUCCUUAUCAUUGCAUACUUGAAACUGCGCCUCAUGAAGAAGUUCACUUAAAACCGGAACAAAAAAUGCAGUUUUCCCUGUUCAGCAAUUUGAUAAACUGACUGUGCAACUGACCUGACUCCUUUUUAAGACGCCUUCUCUUGUACUUUUGGUUAUAAUCACAAAAAUCAAACAAUGCGAAUGGCAUCCUUGUAUAUGAAAUACUUAGUAUUAAUGAACUUAGCUGAAAUGUCUAGCAUGCCUCAGUUCUUUUUGCCAUAAAAAGUAUAAUUAUUCAUCCAUUCAAGGGUCUAUUCAGUAUUUCUGCAUAUUCCAGCUAUGAAUUUGUUAAACAAUGAAACUAAUAUUUAAUGGUUGAUUAAAAGAAAAAAAGGGUUCCAAACUUCAACUAGUAUCUAAAUUCACUGGCAAGUAAUUGAAUCCAAAGUGGUGAUGAUCAGGGCACUAGUGCAGUCUCUUGUUAAUACUGAAGUUGAAACAUCAAAAGAACAAGGUCAUCUUUGCUAGGAACACUGUGGAAAUGAUGGCUGAGCUUGAAACAAUCUAUUAUUGUACUUACAUGUCAAAAGCAGAAACCUAGACAGAAUUAAUGGAACGAAGAGUCAAGAGACUGUGACAAACCACCAAUGUCUGACAAACUAUGAAGAAACUCAGUAGAAGGUGAUUGGGGCAGGGGGAGAUCACAACUCAUGGACCAUCGAGCUAAUUCUUACUCCAGACCCAAAAGAAGAGUGCAGAGGAGGCAAAGUGGGUAUGUGUGCUAACUGACAUGCUAGGCAAAGAAAUUUAGACCAAUUGUUUAGUGGAAUAUUAAUGCAUAUGUAUUAAUGUAUUGAACAUGUAGAAAUUGUGUGUAUAAGUAAUUACAGUUUUGGGACCAGGCUGUGCUGUCUUAGGACAGGCACAUUCACGUUAAUAAAAGAAAAUGCCUCCAUC